AUGACACAAAAAAAGAUUUUAUUUUUUGAUUCAAAAUUAUAUGAUGAAAAAACAUUUAAAGAAGCGUUAAGAACAUUGAAUGGUCAAGAUAAAUUACAUUUUACAUUUCUGCAAAGUAAAUUAAAUGAUGAAACUGUUACUGAAGCUCAAGGUUAUGAUGGAAUUUGUAUUUGUAAGCUUCUCGUUAUGUUAGUUCGUGAACAAAAACAACGUUUACAAGAACGAACAAAAACAAAUGAAAAUUUAACUCAUCAAAAUAAACAUUUAACAACAAAAUUAGAACGUACGAUAGAUGAAUUAAAAAAAAUUCGUGAACAAAUUUUAGUAUUACAAAAAGAACGUCGUGAAUUAGAUGCACGUCUUGUUGCUCAAGAAUCAGUUUUAUCAGGUUUAAGAGAAGAAAAAAAAUUAUGGAGUCAUGAAUUAGCACAUCAAGGUGCUUCAUUAGCUCAAGAUCGUGGACGUUUAGAAUCAACAAUACAAACUUUAACUAGUGAAGUGAAUACAUUAAAAAAACAAUUAGAUAAAGAAGUUGAUACAUGUCGUAUCAAACAAACAAUUAUUGAAAGUCAAUUAGACACAAUUCAAAAACUCAAAGAUGGUGUUGUUGAACGUGAUGAUACAAUAAAAAAAGCUCGUGAAGAUUUAAUUAAUCGUCAAAAAGAAUUGGAACAACAAUUACAAGAUGAACAAUUACUUUAUCAAGAAUUACAAGAAAAAUAUGAAAAAGUUUGUGAAAAACGAGAUUCAAUGAAAAAUGAAAUGCAUCAAAUACAACAACAACUUGAAAAAACCAAAGCUGAUUACAAUGCUUUAAGUCGUAAAUGGAAAGAAAAAUCUGAUUUAAUAAGUGAACUUGAUAGUAAAAUUCGUCGUGCAUCAGAAACAUAUCAAACCAAUGAAAAGAAAAUUUCUGAUGAAAAUAAUCGUUUAAUUGAAAUUCAAAAACAAUUAGAAGAAAAACUUCGUCAACGUGAUGAUGAUUUUCGUCGACAAUUUGAAACAAUUGAACAUGGUCAUCGACAAUCAUUAAAUCAAAUGCAAAAAAAUUAUGAAGAAAAACUUCAACAAGCUCAAAUACGUAUAAAUGAAGUUGAAGAUGAAAUGAGAAUUUUAUUGCAUGAUACAAAUCAACGUAAAAAAAAAUGGGAAGAACGUAUUAAACAUUUAAGUAGUUUUAUGACUGAUUUACAAGAUCCGAUUUAA